UUCAUAAAGCAAAUCUUUUGGAAGUUGUGUUAAGGGGAUAAGUGGGAAAAACCCUUGAGAUAACUGCGACAUCCACGGCACAAUUAGCUGCCUGUCUCUCCGUCUCUCUUUCAAUCUCCUGGCUGUCAAUCGCUGGAGGAUUUGUUGGAGUUGCCGAGCGUCUCUGCAUCUUUUGAGCAUCAGAAACCCCACCUCUACCUGCCUGCACUCCACAAGUCGAUUGGAUCAAUUCCUCUCUGCUCACCUUUUAUCUACUGACCACUAAAAGCACACUUAUACAUCACAUGGUCCUUUUAUCCAAAAAAGCUUUCCCAAUUUAGAGUUGGUCACUGCACACUGAGGUCUGUUAUAUCAGGGCAUACUGGUUUGCUCUGUGCUAACUUGACCUCUGGCUAAUGCUCUGCUCCAUGUAUGGAUUUUCUGUCCUGUGCUUCCUCAGCCUGUCUGCCUGUGAUGGGUUGUUCAGAUCUAACCCUGCAGAACGCCACUGAUUGUGGUGGUAUAUCUUCAUCUUUAUGUCCGAGUAUAGCAGGAAGCUCUGCCAACGAUCUGCUGUUUGCCUUGCGAUGGAUUUGGAGAAUUUGCAACAAGGGCAUGUGUUGCAGUUUGCAAGUGUGAGGAUGUUGUUCUGGCUGGUUUUGUUCCUGCCUGCCCUCUCCUCGGCUCAGCGAUCAGAGCCCAUGUUCUCAGCUAUAACCAAGACCGUCCUUCCUCCUGACUACGACAACAACCCCACCCAGCUCAACUACGGCGUGGCCGUCACUGAUGUGGACGGGGACGGAGACCUGGAGAUAUUUGUAGCUGGCUACAAUGGCCCAAACCUGGUGCUAAAGUACGACAAGCAGAGGAAAAGGCUUGUCAACAUCGCAGUUGACAACCGUAGCUCCCCGUUCUACGCCCUGAGAGAUCGUCAAGGCAACGCCAUCGGAGUGACAGCGUGUGACAUCGAUGGAGACGGUCAGGAGGAGAUUUAUGUCCUUAACACCAACAACGCCUUCUCUGGUCGGGCAACAUAUUCUGACAAGCUGUUUAAGUUCCGUAAUGGACGCUUUGAAGAUCUGCUGAACGAUGACAUUAACGAACACAGAGAUGUAGCCAACCGUAUGGCUGGGCGCUCAGUGGCCUGUGUGGACAGAAAGGGUACAGGACGUUAUGCUAUCUACAUAGCUAACUAUGCCAGUGGCAACGUGGGUGCUCAUGCUCUCAUAGAAAUGGACGAGGCAGCGAGUGACCUUUCACAGGGGGUCAUCGCCCUCUCCAACGUGGCAGAGCAGGCUGGAGUCAACAAGUUCACUGGAGGGCGGGGUGUCGUGGUGGGGCCCAUUGUCAGUCAAACCCUGUCUGAUGUGUUUUGCGACAAUGAGUACGGAGCCAACUUCCUGUUCAGGAACAAUGGAGAUGGAACUUUUACUGAUGUGGCGCAGCAGGCUGGUGUGGAGGACCCCAUGCAGCAUGGCAGAGGGGUUGCUCUGGCAGACUUCAACCGUGACGGCAAGACGGACAUCGUCUAUGGGAACUGGAAUGGACCUCAUCGCCUGUACAUGCAGCUGAAUAACCGCAAACAGAAGUUCAAGGACAUAGCAUCCCAGAAGUUUUCCAUGCCGUCCCCGGUUCGCACCGUUAUCGCUGCAGACUUUGACAAUGACAACGAGCUGGAGGUCUUCUUCAAUAACAUCGCCUACAGGGGUCCCUCUGCCAACAGGCUCUUUAGGGUGAGCAGGAGAGAGCAUGGAGACCCCCAGAUAGAAGAGUUGAAUGUUGGGGAGGCAUCAGAGCCUGAAGGACGAGGAACCGGAGCUGUAGCCACAGACUUUGAUGGUGAUGGGCGUCUGGAACUGCUGGUGUCUCAUGGUGAAAGUGCAGCACAGCCGCUCUCUAUCUACAAAGUUAACCAGGGCACCACCAACUCCUGGCUACGAGUGAUUCCCCGGACCAAGUUCGGUGCUUUCGCCAGAGGAGCUAAAGUGGUGGUGUACACUAAAAAGAGCGGCCCACACACACGGAUCAUCGAUGGGGGCUCAGGGUACCUGUGUGAGAUGGAGCCCGUCGCCCACUUUGGCCUCGGUAAGGAUGUGGCCACCAAUGUUGAGGUGUACUGGCCAGAUGGUCGUUCAGCAGCCCGACCCCUGGAGCCUUCAGAUGUCAACUCAGUUCUGGAGAUCCACUAUCCAAGAGAUGAGGAGGAAGUCACUCUUACUGUGGAAAUAGAGUGCGGUCAUGGGUUUGCUCUGAAUGAGAAUGGCCGUUGCACAGAUGAAGAUGAGUGUACCCAGUUUCCCUAUGUGUGCCCUUCUGACCGCCCUGUCUGCACCAACACCUAUGGCAGCUAUAAGUGUCGUGCCAAGAGGAGAUGCAACCAGGGCUUUGAGCCCAACGAUGAUGGGUCAGCCUGUGUGGCCCAGGUGGCUUACUUUGGGGGUACACGGUCUUCUGGGGAACGCAAGUGGUCAGGCCUUUCUUUCUGGCUGCUCUCCGUCUCCAUGCUACCACUCGUCUCUACCCAUCUCCAGACUGGACUACUGUAGCUGUCACUGUCUUCUCCCCUUCUUGACUCUCUCCACUGCUAAAUGGGGAUGUACAGAAACUCUCGGAGCAAACUUUUCACUGAAACAUCUACUCCUCCUACUCCUCCAUGGAUCUCUGCUAUCCUUUUCCAUCAGUUAUUUACAGUACUGCCCCCUCGUCACCGCUGCUAUGUGUCACCUCUUGGCUCCUGGCCCCCUCUGGACUAUAAAGAAACACACAGGGAGCAUGCUCGCUGGGAGCUACGGGGUUCAGAACUGACUGUGUCACACACCCGCAGAGCCCUCACGUCAUCACCUGGCACUUACCUUAGUGGGACCUGAACUGAGGCCAAGUCAAUAAGUGGAGCUGCAGCAUAUAAACCACUGCACAUACAGCAGACAGAUCUACUGGCUCCACAGACCACAUUCAUUAGAGACAUGCUGAGGCCCCAUCUGUAUCUCCACAAUGCCACUAUGUUAAUCCUUACAAUGUCACUCUCAUUCUUAUUAUGGGCUUACUGGGAUGCUGAGGAACACCAGGUCUCCUUUAGGUUCUCUGUGUGUGUGUGUGUGUGUGUGCAUGUGAGUGUACUACGUCCAAAGAGGCAGUCGGGUAGAGGACCAUAUGCCAGACCAUCUGUCUCCGAUGGUAGGUUACAUUUUGUUACCUAUGAAUAAUACAGCAACACAGUGGAGAAUAUAAGUACACGUGUAUGUGUGUGUGUGUGUGUGUGUGUGUGUGUGUGUGUGAGAGCACUAGAAUAGACAGGAGCAAGUUAAUUUUACUUACAGUAGACGGAAGGUGUACUUGAACCCGUCAUAAUUUACUUUCAUAUUUUUUUAUAAUUUGCCACUUUAUGUAGAACUCUGAGUUGUACAUUUUAAAUGAGCAUCAGCUUACCAUAUUUACUGCUAAUAUGAAUCCCUAAUUUAGUAUGUAUCGCUUAUUUUCCCAUUUAAAUAAAAUAAUGGGCAGGUGACAGGAACAAGAAGACAAAAGGAAGAAGAUGUGGAUUUUCAUGGACCAUGAUAAAUUAAUGUUCUUGAAAAACACCUAAAACAAAAUUCAUUAGUCCAUUUAAUGAAGCGCUGGUGAUGUUUCUUCAUGUUAAGCUUACGAUGACAGCAUCAACAUAGUGCUGUAAAAUCUACCAAAAUUUCCUUACAAUUUAAAACUUACAAAUAAAAUGUUUUAAGCACAGUUGCUGGAAAGUGUACUUGAAUCCAUAAUAAUUUAUUUAACAAUUUUUAAAUCAUUUACCACAUAAUAUAAACUUUUAAAGGAUAAGGCUGGUGAUGUCCCAUAUUUUUGAUAUUGUCAACAAAUCGCUUGAAAAAAACAAAAUCAAUGAUGCGUCUCUUAAUACUUUCUAACUUCCCUACCCUGUCUGUGGCAUUCUGACUCAAGCCCAUUGGUCCCUACUGAACACAUUACAAAUAUAUAGUUAAUUACCAAUUAAUUAAUGAUUUCCUAAAACAGCUGGGCACUGUAGUUUUUAGCAAAUGCUACUCAAACAAGAGUA